GUUCAAAUAGUCUUGCAGCAAUAAAUCGAUCUUAACCACAAAGACGAUCGAAAAAGAAGAUUCAGAGAAUCAACAGCAAUGGAGAACGGCAGAAGGCCUGGAAGGAGCGACGCUCGUCUAUCCAUGGAGGAAGAAAGAGAAAUGGAGGCCAAAACUCGAGAGUACUUCAAUAGCGUAGCACCGAAACGCCACACUAAGCCUCAGCGCAGCGAGUUCUCUGCUCAUUACGUCGACAAAGUAAAUGGCAAAAACGAUUACAUUCCUGAACUCGCCGAGUUUCAGCGCCUUGAAUCCGAUCCCCACGAGAGACUUACUUAUGAUGCCCGGAACGGCAAGAUCUCUGAGGAAUUUGUGGAGACGAAGUAUUACGACGAUCUCAAUUGUGCAGACAAACAGCACCAUACGACAGGAACAGGAUUCAUAAAAAUGGAGAAUGGAGAUUGCAAAGGCUUCAGACUUUCGGCAGAUUCUGCAACUGCCGGUUGCUGCCAUGGCUCUUGCAGGGGUAAUCCGGCGAACAACGACUGGAUUCCGGCCACUAAUGAUCUGGGAUAUUUUACUUUUGGCUCUGGGAAGCCGAACAGAAGUGAUAAUUAGUGAAGAACAAAAACGAGUUAUUGUCGCCAUUCUUAAGAAGUUAGACGUUGCAUGGAGAAGUACGCUGAAUAAUUUUAUAUCAUUAUUGUUACUUAUGGUCCAAUUUGACAAAAAAAAGAAGAAAAAAAAACAGAUACUAUGUAAACUUAAAUUUGGACACUUAGCGGUGUACUAUGCUAUUUAUGUAGGCUUAAUUUUUGAAUUCUGAUAAUGUAUUAGCUUUUCAAUUCCCGACUACUUCGAUUCCUAAUUUGUGAUCGCUAAAUGAAUUCUAUACAUGUAUUUGAAAUAAAAUUCAUCGGCA